UCUGCACGAGGAAAUAGAUUCAAACUGUAAACACAACCGCGUUUUGCCAUUGUUGUGCGAUGAAAAAUGUUAAGACACUUGUUCCUCCUCGCGCUCGUAGUUGCACUGCCUCGUGCUGCUGAAGCUCUGGACAAUGGUCUGGCGCUCAAACCCACAAUGGGCUGGCUGCACUGGGAGAGGUUCAUGUGUAAUAUCGACUGUGAGAAGGACCCCGACAACUGCAUCAGUGAGCGCCUGUACAUGCAGAUGGCAGAUGUGAUGGUGAAGGAGGGCUGGAAGGAGGCCGGUUACGAGUACGUCUGCAUUGAUGACUGCUGGUCCUCCCGUUAUCGCGAUGCCCAGGGCCGCCUGCAGGCAGACCCCAAAAGGUUCCCGGGGGGCAUCAAGAAACUGGCCGACUAUGUUCAUUCUAAAGGCCUGAAGCUGGGCAUCUAUGGAGACGUGGGGAAAAACACCUGUGCUGGAUACCCCGGCAGUCUGGGUUAUUAUGAGACAGAUGCUCAGACUUUUGCAGACUGGGGUGUGGAUCUGCUCAAGUUUGAUGGCUGCUUCAUGCCCUGGAGACUGCUGGGAGAAGGUUACAUGAAAAUGUCAAAGGCACUGAACAAAACUGGAGCAAGUAUCCUGUACUCCUGUGAGUGGCCUUUGUACGAGUGGCCUUUCCAUAAGCCCAACUACACGGCCAUCCGUGAGACGUGCAACCACUGGCGGAACUCUGAUGACGUAUACGACUCGUGGAGCUCUGUGAAGUCCAUCUUGAAUUGGGCUGCUGAUCAUCAGGACAUUAUCGUCCCAUCAGCUGGACCCGGGGGCUGGAACGACCCUGAUAUGCUCGUGAUUGGAAACUUUGGCCUGAGUCACAGCCAGCAGGAGUCUCAGAUGGCAUUAUGGGCCAUCAUGGCAGCCCCUCUGCUCAUGUCUAAUGAUCUGAGGGACAUUUGUCCUCGCUCCAAGGAGCUGCUGCAGAACAGACGCAUCAUCGCCAUAAGCCAGGAUCCAUUGGGCAAGCAAGGAUACCGUUCUGCCAUAGAGGACAGCUUUGAAGUGUGGGAGAGGCCGCUGUUUCAGAAGAGACUGGCUAUUGCUCUGAUGAACAAACAGGAGAUCGGCGGUCCAAGAGGGUUCUUCAUCAGAAUGGUCCCUGGCUGGAAGAUCUGCAACCCUCAGUGUAAUGUCACCCAGAUCCUGCCUCAGUACAAAGAAUUAGGUGUUCAGACUCCAAACAGCGACGUGGUUAUAUCGGUCAGCCCUUCAGGAACUGCUCUACUGACCGUUACUCCCAUCAACAGUGACUCAAGCUCUCUCGGGCUGCACUGGACAGACCUCUCGGUCAAACACAAGGAAGCCUUUUCAUAGUAAAGUUUUAUGUCUGAGGCAUCUUUGAUAAAAUUGCUUAUGGAUUUACAAAAAUAAAGUAUUUUAUUAACCCUGUAACCCAGCUUAAAUUAACCCAGAUACAACUAUUGCAGUACACACACAACUCUUCCCAACACAUAGGAUAAACCACUUAAUAUUUUGCACUCUUGCUGUGACUUUACCCACCUAGACUGAAAAAGUUCAAAACUGA